UCCAAUUUCAAACCUUAUUUUACAGAAGAGUAGGGAACUUGUCAACAACCUGCAUCAACUGAAGCCGAUGAAACCAAGACGAACCAAGAGAUGGGACACACUAGGAGUCGCUUGGAAAUGGAUUGCAGGAUCCCCGGAUGCCGAGGACCUAAGAAUAAUCAAUACCACAUUAGAGGACCUGAUAUCGCAGAACAACCAACAAACUAAAAUCAACAAUAUACUAAAUAACAGAAUCGAUGCAAUGAUGGCAACCAUCAAUAAGCUCAUCGAACAACAAUCAGUACAGAACAAAAUUUUGCUGGAAGAAAUGGAUGCCAUUACUCUCUUGCUGUACAUGGAUACGACAAACAAAAUCCUAGAGGACUUGGAGGAUACAGUUCUAAGAACCCGGAUAGAACUCGCAAAUACGUACAGGUGGAUGAGCAAGUUUUUACUUCAGAAGAGAUCGUCAACAACGCGAAGGAAAUACAAGGAGCCUUCGCUAAUCUUGCGAUAAAUUGGAACAUCGCGAAACAGCACGACAUUCCCCGUAUCCAAGAACAAACCAUCCAUAAUAGAAAGCAA